AUGGAUUUAUAUGAACAUUAUGGUUUAAAGCCAUACUAUGAUGUUAGCACUUUUGAAUCAGCCACUGAAACAUUGGACAUGCUCACAUGCAAUGGUGGGAUGCAUGCUCACAUGCAAUGGUGGGAUGCAUGCUCACAUGCAAUGGUGUUCAAAAACAUGGCUUUCCCCGAUUGUGACAGUCAAUCUAGAAGGAAUGUUAGAAGACGAGAGAAGAGUGAACAAAAAGGAAGACAAACACUCGACUGCCCGCGCAUGGAAACGGAGAAGCACGAAAGAAACAAACGAUCCAAGGACCUACAUCUGAUCUGA